AGAGUCUUGCUCUAUUACCCCGGCUGGAGUGCAGUGGCGUGAUGAGGGUUCACUACAGCCUUGACCUCCUUGGGUCAAGUGAGCCUCCCACCUCAGCCUCCCACGUAGCUGAGACCACAGGUGUGUGUGCACCACCACACCUGGCUAAUUUGUUUGUUAAAUUAUAUGUAGGGACAGGGUCUUCCUACCUUUCCCAAGCUGGUCUCAAGCUCCUGGGCUGAAGUGAUCCUCCUGCCUCAGCCUCUCAAAGUGCUGGUAUUAUAGGCAUAAGCCACCACGCCCUGCCCAAUUUUUCUAAGUUGGAUUAUUUUACACUCCAGUCUGCUGUGAAUGAGAGUUCCAGUUUUUCCGUAUCCCAAUCAAUUUGUGAUUGCCUACAAAUGAUGUGCCAUGAUGAAAUUGUCCCUGGUGUCCGAGAGGAUCGCAAAGAAUUUCCCUUCCUUUCUCUCCUUUCUGCUCCCCUUGUACUGUCUACUUCUUAAACUGGUACUUGAUCCAUAACGGGGAUGGACAGUGCAGAUGGCACACAUGGCCUCAGUCUAUUGGAGCAUCUCAAAGGAAUUAGUCUGCAAAUUCUAGUGCAUCUAGGUAGAGCACAGGAAGGAAGAGAGGUACAGACUCACGUAUGGCCCUGGGGCACCUGCCAUCCUCUCGCGCCCAUACAGCCCUUACCUGCCAGCCCUUACCUUACCCAGCUUGCGUUCUGGGCCUUCUCACGAGCACAUCGCUGGGACCUGGUUGACUUCAGGUAAGUUUAUUUCAUGGCUCCCUCCCACCCCCCUGCACAUGCCAUAUGUUCCUUCCCAGCCCCAUGUCACUUGAAAUGUUCUAUUAUGCCCAAGACUUCUCUCCUCAUCCUAAACUGCAGAAAAUAAGGUUAGAGAAGAGAAGGAGAAGAGAAGAAAGAGAGAUUCAUUGAGAGGGAGGAUCAGAAGCUCCUGGGCACCCCAUACUGUAGAAUAAAAAUCUUCAUUAUGGUGUUUUUCUUGCAAAAUAUUCCCCUCUACAUAAUUAUGUUUCUACAUUAAUAAUAUAAAUUUAAAGAGGAGAAAUACUUUUUGAAGAGUCUGAGAAUCUUCAUAUAGCUCAGGCGGCCACGAAUUAGCUGUGUGACCCAGGGCAUGCCCCUUAGACUCUGAGCCUCAGCUUCUCUAUAUGUAAAAUGGGUUGAAGCCGCCCUUCCCCACCAGCACCCUGUGCACAGGGGAUGCCCAGCCCCAUUAUUUUCUGGACUCCGUGGCCAAGCGUGCUUAGGACACACAGCCACAUACUUCUGGGCAGUGUCAUCUGGUAACUCGCUGUCACGUCAGUGUGGUCAAGCAUUGUAGACCUCUAUGAACCAAAUAUGCUUCAGGCUGGGGUUGAGCACAGGAGAGGGAGGAGGGAAAGGUCACUGGGGCUGGGAGGGCCUACUUCCCUCUGUGAGUGUUACCCCAGGUCACCCAGUACCAUACUUUUCUCUCUCUGGACCCACUUCCUCUUGCUGCUGGCUCCUCCCCAUUGAAUAACAGCCAAGUUGCUUUGGUUUCUAUUUCUUUGUUAAGUCGUUCCUUCUGCAAAGGACUUCCUAGCAGGCGUGAAAGGCAGCGGUGGCCACAGAGGCAGUGGAAAGAUGGCCUUCAGCGGUUCCCAGGCUCCCUACCUGAGCCCAGCUGUCCCCUUUUCUGGGACUAUCCAAGGAGGUCUCCAGGAUGGACUUCAGAUCACUGUCAAUGGGACCGUUCUCAGCUCCAGUGGAAGCCGGUUUGCUGUGAACUUUCAGACCGGCUUCAGUGGAAAUGACAUUGCCUUCCACUUCAACCCUCGGUUUGAAGACGGAGGGUACGUGGUGUGCAACACGAGGCAGAACAGCAGCUGGGGGCCUGAGGAGAGGAAGACGCACAUGCCCUUCCAGAAGGGUAUGCCCUUUGACCUCUGCUUCCUGGUGCAGAGCUCAGCUUUCAAGGUGAUGGUGAACGGGAGCCUCUUCGUGCAGUACUUCCACCGUGUGCCCUUCCACCGUGUGGACACCAUCUCUGUCAAUGGCUCUGUGCAACUAUCCUACAUCAGCUUCCAGAACCCCCGCACAGUCCCCGUUCAGCCUGCCUUCUCCACGGUGCUGUUCUCCCAGCCUGUCUGUUUCCCACCCAGGCCCAAGGGGCGCAGACAAAAACCUCGUGGCGUGCGGCAUGCUAACCCGGCUCCCAUUACCCAGACAGUCAUCCACACGGUGCAGAGCGCCCCUGGACAGAUGUUCUCUGUAAGUCUACAAACUCCUGCCAUCCCACCUAUGAUGUACCCCCACUCCGCCUAUCCGAUGCCUUUCAUCACCACCAUUCCGGGAGGGCUGUACCCAUCCAAGUCCAUCAUCCUGUCGGGCACUGUCCUGCCCAAUGCUCAGAGGUUCCACAUCAACCUGUGCUCUGGGAACCACAUCGCCUUCCAUCUGAACCCCCGUUUUGAUGAGAAUGCUGUGGUCCGCAACACCCAGAUCAACAACUCCUGGGGGCCUGAGGAGCGAAGUCUGCCCCGAAAAAUGCCCUUCAUCCGUGGCCAGAGCUUCUCGGUGUGGAUCUUGUGUGAAGCUCACUGCUUCAAGGUGGCCGUGGAUGGUCAGCACCUGUUUGAAUACUACCAUCGCCUGAGGAACCUGCCCACCAUCAACAAACUGGAAGUGGGAGGCGACAUCCAGCUGAUCCAUGUGCAGACAUAGGUGGCUUCCUGGCCCUAGGGCCAGGGGCUGGGGUGUGGGGCAGUCUGGGUCUUCUCAUCAUCCCCACUUCCCAGGCCCAGCCUUUCCAACCCUGCCUGGGAUCUGGGCUUUCAUGCAGAGGCCGUGUCCUUGUCUGGUCCUGCUUCUGGCUACAGCCACCCCAGAACGGAGAAGGUAGCUGACAGGGAUUGCCUUCCUCAGCCGCAGCAGCACCUGGGGCUCCAGCUGCUGGAAUCCUACCAUCCCAUGAGGUGGGCACAGCCAGGGAGAGGUGGGGAGUGGGCAGUGAAGAUGAAGCCCCAUGGUCAGUCCCCUCCCAUCCCCCACACAGCUCCACCCCAGUCCCAAGCCACCAGCUGUCUGCUCCUGGUGGGAGGUGGCCUCCUCAGCCCCUCCUCUCUGACCUUUAACCUCACUCUCACCUUGCACCCUGCACUAACCCUUCACCCCUCCUGGAAAGCUAGCCUGAUGGCAUCCCACUGGCCUCCACCAACUGACCAGAGCGUUCUCUUCAGGGGACUGGCUCCUUUCCCAGUGUCCUUAAAAUAAAGAAAUGAAAAUGCUUGUUGACACA